CGCGGGGGGACGCGGAACGACGGGGGACGACGGGGGACGCGGACCCGGGUGCACGGCCGCCACACGCUGAGCCGCGGGUGGCGGUGCCCACUUCGGACGUGACGGGCAGCAGUUCCUGACCAGGCACUGUGCAGAGGCUGCGGCCCGAACAUGGACCCGGGAGAGGCACCUCGGCUCACCGCAGCUCCUGCAGAAAACGAAGUGAAAUAUGACACCAGUAACAAAGAGGCUGAAGAGGGAGAGCAGUUCGACUUUGACAGUGGGGAUGAAGUCCCUGAAGCAGACCGCCAAGCCCCGCCCCAGCCGGGCGCCUGGGGUGCAGGAGGGGGUGCAGCCCAGGGUCCUGCCAGCGCAUCCCCCGAGGAGGGAGGUGACAAGGGACCCGGAGCAGAAGCCUUCGAAGUGGCAGAACCUGCCAAGCUCUUGGUCCCAAAGGUGAACCCGUACUCUGUCAUCGACAUCACGCCCCUGCAGGAGGAUGCACUGCCACCCCCAGACCCAGCCACUGAGGAGGACGGUGUGGGUCCGCACGUGCCCAGCGGGUAUUUGGUGCCGGUUCCCUGUGGCUACGCUGUCCCCUCCAGCCUGCCCAUGCUGCUGCCUGCCUACUCAAGCCCUGUCAUCAUCCGCACCGAGUCUGUGGAUGAGGAAGCAGAAGCCCCGGAAGUUGUGGGUGACCACCAGUCCCACUCCCUGAGCUCCGAGGACCCUCUGCUCAGCGGUGAUCAAAGCAGCAGGGAAGACAGCGCCCUUGCGCGGUGGGCUGUGGACCCGGCCAACACAGCGUGGAUGGAAAACCCGGAAGAAGCCAUUUAUGACGAUGUCCCCAGGGAAAACUCAGACUCCGAGCCAGAUGGAAUGCUUUAUGAUGACGUUGAGAAUGGAGAGCAAGGUGGAAACAGCUCUGUGGAGUAUGGGUGGAGCUCCAGUGAAUUUGAGAGCUACGAAGAGCAGAGUGACUCGGAGUGCAGGAGCGGCGUUCCCCGGCCCUUCCUGCGCAGCAGCCACAGGAAGCAAAUGCAGAAGCUCAUGAAGGCGGCCAAGGAGGGCACCAGGGACGGGCUGGAGCGCACCAAGGCCGCCGUGAAGAGGGGCCGCUCCUUCAUCAGGACCAAGUCCUUCGUCUCCCCAGACCACAGAUCCUGUCUGGAAGAGGAGCAGAGCUUGUUCAUUGACGUGGACUGCAGGCACCCGGAGGCAGUGUUGACGCCGAUGCCUGAGGGACUGUCUCAGCAGCAGGUUGUAAGAAGAUAUAUUCUGGGUUCCAUUGUUGAAAGUGAAAAAAACUACGUAGAUGCUCUUAAGAGGAUUUUGGAGCAAUACGAGAAGCCGCUGUCUGAGAUGGAGCCCCGGGUCCUGAGUGAGAGGAAGCUGAAGAUGGUGUUCUACCGUGUCAAGGAGAUCUUGCAGUGCCACUCCAUGUUCCAGAUCGCACUGGCCAGCCGUGUGGCUGAGUGGGACGCCGUGGAAACCAUCGGCGAUGUCUUCGUGGCUUCGUUUUCCAAGUCCAUGGUGCUGGAUGCGUACAGUGAGUAUGUGAACAACUUCGGCACCGCAGUGGCCAUCCUCAAGAAGACGUGUGCCACAAAGCCCACUUUUCUCGAGUUUUUAAAGCAGAGCCAGGAGGCGAGUCCCGACCGUGUCACGCUCUGCAGCCUGAUGAUGAAGCCCAUCCAGCGAUUCCCGCAGUUCAUCCUCCUGCUCCAGGACAUGCUGAAGAACACCCCCCGAGGACACCCCGACAGGCUGCCCCUUCAGAUGGCGCUGACAGAGCUGGAAACCUUGGCAGAGAAGUUAAACGAAAGGAAAAGAGAUGCCGAUCAGCGCUGUGAAAUCAAACACAUCGCAAAAGCCAUCAACGAAAGAUACCUAAACAAGCUCCUCUGCAGCGGGAGCCGACGCCUCAUCCGCUCUGACGACGUGAUAGAGACAGUGUACAACGACAAGGGCGAGAUCACCAAGACCAAGGAGCGCCGGCUGCUCAUGCUGAACGACGUGCUCAUGUGCGCCACCGUCAGCUUCCGCCCCUCACAGGAGAGCCACGUGGGAGCCAGCCAGCGGUACCUGCUCAAGUGGAGUGUUCCCCUGGGCCACGUGGAAGUGAUGGAGUACAGCAAUGGCCCCGGCAUAGGGGAGCACAGCCGGCACCCCGCCGUGCACCCGCCUGAGAGCCUGGCUGUGUCUGCUAACGCCAAGCCAUACAAAACUUACCUGGGGCCGGGACAGCUUUACCACGAUCUGCAGAACCUGCUACAUGACCUGAACGUCGUUGGCCAGAUCGCCCAGCUGAUAGGGAGCCUCAGAGGGAACUACCAGAACUUAAACCAGUCGGUAGCCCAUGACUGGACCUCAGGCUUACAGAGCCUGAUUUUGAAGAAAGAAGAUGAAAUCAGAGCUGCCGACCGCUGCAGAAUUCAGUUACAGCUGCCUGGGAAGCAGGACAAGUCUGGGCGGCCUACUUUCUUCACAGCCGUGUUCAACACAUUCACCCCUGCCAUCAAAGAGGCCUGGACCAGCAACCUGCAGAUGGCCAAGCUCGCCCUGGAGGAGGACAACCAUCUGGGCUGGUUCUGUGUGGACGACGAUGGGAGUCAGACCAAGAGGGACACGCACCCGCUCCUGGUGGGACACAUGCCUGUGAUGGUGGCCAGGCAGCCGGAGUUCAAGAUCGAAUGUGCUGCUUAUAACCCCGAGCCUUACCUAAAUAAUGAAAGCCAACGAGAUUCGCUCUCCAUGGCGCGCGGCUUCCUGUGGAUCGGAAGUUGUAGCAGCCAGAUGGGUCAGAUUGCCAUCAUCUCCUUCCAAAACUCCAGCCCCAAAGUCAUUGAGUGCUUCAACGUGGAGUCGCGCAUCCUGUGCAUGGUGUACGUGCCCGUCCAGGAGCAGCACCGAGAGCCCAGCGCAGCCUCAGACCCCGAGCCCCUGACCACCCGCACUUCCGACGUGCCCACCAUCUGCCUGGGCACGGAGGAAGGAAGCAUUUCCGUUUAUAAAAGCAGCCAAGGCUCAAAGAAAGUGAGGCUGCAGCACUUCUUCAGCCCUGAGAAGUCCACGGUCGUGAGCCUCGCCUCCUCGCCGCGCGGCCUGCACGCUGGCCUGGUCAACGGCUCGGUGGCCAGCUACGCCAAGGCCGCAGAUGGAUCCUGGAAUGUGGAACCACAGAAAGUCAUAGACUUAGGCGUCCUUCCAGUCAGGAGCCUCCUGGUGAUGGAGGACACUUUGUGGGCGGCAUCUGGAGGCCAAGUGUUCAUCAUCGGCACCGAGACGCAUGCUGUCCAGGGAGUGGCAGCCGCCACUCAAUCCCUCUCGGCGCGGGGCCGCUAGUCUGAAGCGUGCCAUCCACGGCUGGGAGAGGGGCACACCCUCUCCUCGGAGAACCUCACCCACCUGGAUCCGAACUCAAACCCGGCAAAGCCUGGAGCCUCAGGAGGCCGGAGCAGUGGGUGCUGCUACCAGUUGGCCCGAGGAGGCCUCUCCUAGGGUGCCAGACACCAAAGCUGCCGUGCAGAAAAAGAAAAUGUGCACAGGCAUCCUGGAGUGCUUUCAUGUGUGAUACUGUACGUGUAUGGAAGUAUUUAAGAACUUGGGAAAGUUUCUUACAUAAUGACCAAGAAUCAGUGUUCUUAAUAUACGAAGAAUUCUCCUAACCCUUAAGAAGGCGGCCGACCUGAUAGAAAACACGGAGAGGGCUGGGAAAGACAGAUCCUGUGUGCGUGAGGGUGACACACAGCAGAAUCCUUGCACACAGCCUUGGUCUCACUGAUACGAAAACAAGGCGCUGCUAAGAAGCUCGGUGUUUAGAGCAGCUUCGGGCGCAGCACUCGGAGCAGAAGGCACCUGCUCCCAUCCAGGGGCCCCUCGGCAUGCACAGACGUGUGCGGGCCCGUGUCCACACUGCUGGCUCACACGCAGCAGUUGCGCUGCCCCAGACCCCUUCCCGUCCACGCAUCCCUGCUCCUGGCUGGUGGCCACUGGCCUCCAAGACUGUUCUCCACACUGGCGGAGGAAGCAGGGACUGUCCGGCCCAGGUGGUGGGCAGAGCUCUGCAGGAGGGACCUCUGCCGGUGUGUCUGACGCUCACGCUCCCCCGUGUCAGUUGCUGUUUGGAGCAGCUAACACCCUGGGACCCAGAUGAGCUGGAGCAAGCACAGAAGAGCCCACCACAGCGGCGCUGGGCGCCCCACAGGCCGGAGCUGUCCCUGGGGAGCCUGCGCAGGACCAGUUCUUAGAGCUGCACUGUGCAGCCGCAGAGGCGCAGGGGGAGCAUGCAUGCCCCGAGCCACGGUCCUGGUGCCCACUGGCCGCACCUUGGCGAGGACAGAUGGGGUCAUGUGUAUGGCCGUGUGUCAGGGCGUGUGGGUGCAGCUGUGCAAGUGAGCAGGGCUGCCCUUCUCACCGUACCUCUCGCAUGCCCCACCAUGGGUUGGAGCUUUUCUGCGGUGACGGUGACAGUGACACAGCCCGGUUAUCCGUCCACCCUCAAUGCCUCCUCCCGGCCCCGAGUGCAGGGCUCAGCAGUGUUUCUCAGGCAUCCAAAUUAGUCUCAUGCUUAGACGCCUUUACCUUCACAUGGGGGCAGGAAGCAGGAAGAGAAGUGUACCAGCUGGGGCCUCCCCUCAUGAGGGGUGUUGAACGGCUGUGUAAGUCUGGAAAUUCAGGCUCUGGUCACUGCCAGCUCCUCAGAGAACCCAUCUGCUUAGGGUCCAGGGGUGGUGAACGGGGCCCGUGUACCACAGCAGGCUGUUGAUCACUGAAAGCUCCCAGGUUCGCCGUCAGUGAAAGGGUUAGCCCAUUCUUCAGGCUAAAGGUCCACGAGUCACAUCUUCAGGUUCCACAGAGCCCGUCCCAGGACAUGUGUGUCCCGUGAUGUCACCCAGGUGGCACGGCAGCUCCCAGUGCAGAGAAUUUGUGCGUGUGCUGGGGACCAAACCCAGAGCACCCCGGCCCUCUGAGGACCUGUACAUUGUGAUGGCGGCUUCAUCGGAACGAGCGGGGCUGGGGAGGAGCUCGGAGGGCCGUAGGGGAGAAGCAGCCUUGGCAGAGCUGAGCAGUCAGACUCGGGAGCACCGGAGCCUGCUGUUCUGAUUUGCCUUCCGUGUUCCCCAGGCCCCAGCCCGCCGGGUGGUGAUGGAGGACAGGAGAGGCAGCGCCUUGCUUGGGGUCAGGGCUUUUUCGCUCAGCUGCUCACAGUGGCUGUUGUGUGUCCACCCACCUGCUGCUUUGUAUCUCCUGCAUUCUCAGUGAGAAGCCCUUGGUCAAGCACAGAGCUGCAGCUGGCCAGUGCUACCAGGCUGGGCAGUGCCAUAGCUGGGUGCCGGGUAGCUGUGCAGCCACCAUCAGCCUCUGAGUUCCCUCGCUGGCCUUGAGCCCUGGUGGUGUCACCUUGGUGACCGUGCCCCUAGAAAGGCCCAGGGUUGGAACCCAGCCCAGCCACAUACCACGGGUGACCAGGGCACCUCGCAGCCAGGCCCCUGUGCUCUGGGGCCAUUGUCCUUCCUCGGCUGUGGGCAGAGGGCACGGCAUGGCCCACAGGAGCACAGGAGCCCUGCACCCUCCAUGAGCA